AAAUUAUUGCUCCAUAAUCAUAGAUAAUAUAAGAUUAUAGAUUAUAUUAUCUAUGUCCAUAAUAAGAUGAGAUGAGAUAUCACCGAAUAAAACUCCCGGCUUUAUCUAAGAUGAAUAAUAUUUUUAUUUUCAUAACUCAAAAGUCAUGAUGUUCAAAAAUGUAGUCUGUUGAAAACUUGAAAACAAUGCGAAUAAGCGAAUAUCCUAAUUACUUGCAAACGUUUAAAACUCAUCUCUAAUUCCAAACUUUUUCCAUUAAAAUUUUAAUUUUUAACUUAUACUCUUAACUUGAACAAUGAGCAUUUUAUACAGCGACGUCGAUGGUUUCUUCAUAUCGCAUCAAAUGUUUAUUUCAAAGUUAUACGAUACGAUUUUGAGUAAGACCGAAAACGCUGUACAUUUGUACGAACAUUUCUUUCAUAUAAACAAUCCAUUCGUCAGAGAUAAACAACAAAUUGAAACUAAUUCGGAAAAUAAUGUUAAACGUAAGAGAAAGCGGCCAAAAUAUGAGGAAGACGAAAUAGGUAAAAGAAUUAAAACUUUUAUAUCAAAUUUAAAAAACCAUCAAGAUAUAUUUUCUUCAUUGCCAAAGAUUUUAGAUAAUAAUAGUUGUGCUAGACAUGCAUCUAUAAAGUUUUAUGAAAAAACUAGUGAGCAAAAAACAUUUUAUGGACAAAAUCCAAAUCCAAAUUUACAUGUAGCUAAUGGCUACGUAUUUCCUCCAAAAUGUCAGUUUUAUUGUGAUAAUGUUUUCAACAUGAAAAACCUUAAAGAUGAAAAAUAUGACUUGAUUUUGUUAGACCCACCAUGGACAAAUAAAUAUAUACAAAGAAAGAAGAAAAUUAAACAAGAUGAAGGAUAUACAAUGAUGAUUGAUCAGGAUUUGGUUCAGUUACCUAUAAACGAAUUCCUAAAUUCAAACGGUUUGGUUUGUGUUUGGUGUACAAAUUCUCAAAACCAUAUAAACUCAUUAAAGACUGUAUUAUUUCCAACAUGGAAUAUAAAAUAUGUAGCCUCUUGGUAUUGGAUAAAGGUAACAAAAUGUGGAGAAUUUAUUUGUAAUUUUGCUCCACAAACUGGCAAACAACCAUACGAACGCAUUAUAUUUGGAAGAAAAAUAGAUAGUGAUACUGAAAUAAAAAAUCCUGAAGAAAAUAAAUUGAUUGCAAGUGUUCCAAGUUCAGUGCAUUCACAUAAACCCCCUCUAUCUGAAAUAUUAGUUCCUUAUCUGCCUCCAACACCAAAAUGUUUAGAACUAUUUGCAAGGUAUCUAUUACCCAAUUGGACUAGUUAUGGACUUGAGGCUUUAAAAUUUCAACACCAAUUUUUGUAUGAAAAUUCAGAAAUAGAAUGCAACAAUCACAAGUCCAAUAUUAAACCUAAUGAAAAUGUAUAAAAUUUCUAUCAAAUAAAAUGUACUUAUUUGUUUUUA